AUGAGAAUGGUACCUGCCCUGACGCUCAUGCGGAUACUGAUGUCACUGGAGAAUGGUGGGGUGGUGGCUGGCCUGGUCAUCACUCGCCCCGAGCUGAAGGCUCGCUUAGGGGACUCUGUCCUGCUGGAAUGUUUCUUCCAAAGCCUGGUGCCAGGGGACUGGAAUGUGACCAAAGUGGACUGGAUACAUAUGCCGGAAAACAGUACUCAGGCGGAGGAGAUGGUCUUCUACUACUACAGUAACCACAGCGUUCCUGUGGGACGCUUCCGGCCCCGAGUGCAGUGGCUGGGGGAUGUGGCCCGCAAGAACGGCUCUGUGAGGCUGCAGGAUGUACAGGCGGACGACAGUGGGACGUACACCUGCGAGAUCCGGGUGUUUGGGCGGAGCAGUGUCUUCAAAAACUACACGGUGCUGCAUGUGGCCUCUGCUGGACGGAGAGGGUCCGGAUUUGCAGGGGCCCAGUACUCUGAGAGCACCGGUAGCAGUGGCUGGGGGGCCAUCCUGGGCUACGUCUGUGCGACCACCUUCCUGGCCCUCUUGUUGGGAUUGGGGCUGAAGAAGUUUCUGCAGAAGCAGAGACCUACGGAGAGCGGGCCCCUGUCGAGGAGUCGGGAUGACGGCAGCCGGGAUAAAGCAGAGGAAGGCAUUUACUCCCUCAUUCCCUGUGCUGAGAUGCUUCAGGCUGGGCAGGAGGCAGAGCUGGGGAGCAGAACGGACACGACCUACAUUACCAUGCGCCCCUCUGCUGCUUUCCAUGGGGCGGGCACUGCACUGCUGGAGAACAACGUGUACGUCCAGCUGCAGAGGAAGAAGAUCCCAGUGGAAUGGCUGGAUGAGGGGAGACUGUGCAAUGAAGGAGCCCAAGAAAGCAAGAAAACCUGUGAAAAGUCCAACUGCCCAGAGGAGGAAUUCCCUUGUGCCCUGGAUGGGGGGAAAGCACCUCUGAGCCCAGCCUGGCACGACAGCCAGGGACAUUGA